GAGUUGCCUGGCCCAGGCGAGGAGCAGAGCAAACAUCUCAAGUCCCUGCGAGGAGCCGCACGGCGCGUCUGCCGCUGCGCCCCGCCCGCCCCAACAAAAAGAGGGAAAGGAAAGUAGCCACCGCCUGUCGCCGCUGCUUUCCCGCUCGCCACCGCACCGGUGGUAGCAGCAGCCUCGCUCCUCCGCGGGCGCGCUCAGCCAGCAGCCUCCGCAGCCCCCAGCCGCCCGCGAUGGUCCCCGCCGCAGCCCGCCACCGGGGCUCGCUCUGCAGAACCGCCUGUCGGCAGCUCCUCUUCGGCCUCGUGGUAUUGAGUUUGUUGUGUGAAGCUUGCAAGAAAGUCACUUUUAAUGUUCCUUCUAAAUUAGAGGCUGGAACAUUAGUUGGCAGAGUAAAUCUGAAAGAGUGCCUUAAGUCCGCAGAACAUAUCAGUUCAAGUGAUCCUGACUUUAGAAUUCUAGAAGAUGGUUCUGUGUAUACAACAAAUAUCAUUUCUUUACCUUCUGAAGAAAAGACUUUUACCAUAUUACUCAAGGACAUUCAAAGACACGAAGAAAAGAAGAUACAUGUCAAUUUGAUAGCUCAUCAAAAAAAGGCACAUAAGACAAGACAUGCUAGAGAUACAGUGCUCAGGCGAACCAAAAGAAGGUGGGCUCCUAUCCCAUCCUCUAUGAUGGAGAACUCUCUUGGACCUUUUCCAAUGCAAAUUCAACAGGUCCAGUCUGACACAGCCCAAAACUACACCAUUUAUUACUCUGCAACUGGUCCUGGAAUUGAUAGAGAUCCAAAGAAUUUGUUUUAUGUAGAGAGAGAAACUGGGAAUGUUUUUGCUACUGGCCCAGUAGACCGUGAACAAUAUCCAGAAUUUAAGAUAAUUUUCUUUGCAACCACUGCAGAUGGAUAUUCACCAGAGAUACCACUGCCGCAUACAAUCAGAAUAGAGGAUGAUAAUGAUAACGCCCCAUGCUUUACACAGGACCUUUUUACAUUUGUUGUUCCUGAACAUUGCAAACCUGGUACAGUAGUUGGACAAGUCACUGCAGAAGACAGAGAUGAACUUUAUACUUUGCACACUGCCCUGAGAUAUCGAAUUGUAUCAGAAGAACCGCCAUUCCCCAAAAUGUUUUCUGUUCACCAUGAAUCAGGUGUAAUUACCACACUAACAUCACAACUGGAUAGAGAGAUAAUAGGCAAACACUUGUUGCUAAUUGAAGUACGAGAUAUGGCAGGUCAGCCUUUUGGUUUGUGCAAUACAGGAACAGUGGUCAUUAACGUUGGAGAUGUAAAUGACAACGCCCCAUAUUUUGGCCAUUCAUCUUAUGAAACAAAAGUUCUGGAAAACCGAGUGAAUGUGGAAAUACUGAGAAUUCCUUGUUUGGACAAGGAUGAGCCUAACUCACCUUCCUGGAACUGUAGAUUCAGCAUUGUAAAAGGAAAUGAAGAUAAUCAUUUUGCUAUUACAACAGAUGGAAGAACAAAUGAAGGGAUAUUAUGCGUUGUUAAGGGAUUGGACUAUGAAACCACCAAUCUGAGGAUACUUGAGAUUGCUGCAUCUAAUGAGAUACCUUAUGUACUAGUGCCAUAUUCAAGUGGACUUGGCCAGAGCACCUGUACUGUUAGAGUCAACGUACUAGAUGAUGAUGAGGGACCAGUGUUCAAACCGUGUUUGUUACCUAUAACAAUUGAUGGAUGUGCAGCAAUUGGAACUGUGGUUGGCAAAUACCUAGCAGAGGAUCCAGAAACAGGAAAUAGUGAAGGCAUACGCUAUCGGAUAGCACCUGGCCAAAGCAGCUGGAUCACCAUUGAUGAAAACUCAGGCGAGCUCAGAAUUGCUAAACUUUUUGGCAAAGAUAUGACAGGCAGGCAGUGCAAUAUUACAGUCCUUGCAGUAGACCAAAGUGGUAAAACAGGUACUGGAACAGUGUUGGCUACUAUAGGUGCUUGCGACAGACAUUACCCCAUCAUGACUCCAACAGAAUUUACAAUGUGCAGAGACCGAAAACCAGUUUAUAUUACUGCAGUCACUCCUAAUGAGUCUCCCUAUUCUGGACCUUUCAGAUUUGAUAUUUCUGACAGGAGUAUGGGUUCAGGAUGGCAAACAGUACAACAAGAUGAUAUAUCUAUAUUACUUUCACCAAGGACUGAUAUUCCAUAUGGAAUAUAUAAAAUUCCCGUCACCGUGAGGGAUAGUAACGGAAGACAAGGAACAAGUGUGGUUACAGUUAACUAUUGUGAUUGUACUACUCCAAGUGAUUGUGGUAUGAUCCCACGAAGAUCACCAACUGUUACUCUUGGUGUAUGGGCCAUCCUUGCAAUGAUUCUGGGAUCACUAUUACUGCUAUUAAUCCUGAUUACACUUUGUGGCUGUUAUGGCACGGGAGCUGUGAGUAAACAUGUGCCUGAUGAUUUAGCUAAUCAGAACUUAAUUAUAUCAAACACAGAAGCACCAGGAGAAGAGGUGAUGGAUCCAAAUAUAAUUCCUCUACAAGCUGCAACUGUAAAUUCUUGUGAUCAAGGGGUUGGCAUGGGCACAAUAGGACAUGAAGUUAAAACUGGGGGACAGAGUUUUGAAAUGUCCAAAGGAGGACAUCAGACCCUGGAAUCAGUCAGGGGAUAUGGACAGUCCACGAUGGAACAAGGCAGAUAUUCAUACUCAGAAUGGCAGAAUUUCAUGCAUUCUCGUCUAGGUGAAAAGGUGUAUAUGUGCAGACAGAAUGAAGAAAAUAAGCAUUCUGAAGAUUAUGUCCUUCCAUAUAACUAUGAAGGAAGAGGAUCAUUGGCUGGUUCUGUAGGCUGCUGCAGUGAUCAUCAAGAAGAGGAGGUGCUUGACUUUUUAGAUCAGUUGGAACCCAAGUUUAGGACAUUAGCAGAAACAUGUGUAAAGAGAUAAGUGUACCUGUCAGAGUACUGACAUUGGUAAAUAAAUGGUAUUUUCGUGCUUCUCAGAGGAUAGAUAUUUUUGAACUUGAACGUAUUCUGUAUUUUUUUUUCUUACUAAGGGAAGUGGUUUACAAAAUAUAUUUAGGAUUGUUAUAAGGAUGUAAAUCCUACAUUAAUUCUGCAGUACAUAAUAAUUUUUGACCUGUACUCAUUACCUAUGCUUUAAAGUUUAUAUCUUAGGUGUAUCUUUUAAAAUGAUGUGAAUACAAUAAUGUUGCAUUCUACUUAACAUUAUAUUUUCUAUUGUGUUUACUUUUAAUACAAGACUUAGUGUAUUCCUUAUUUUAAGUAUUCACCUUCAAAGUUUUUUUAUUUGGCUUGAGAGGUGGAAAGCUCUUUCAUUUUUUUUCUUCAUAGGAAAAAAUAGUGUAU